AUGAAGAAAAAGGCAACCUUUUUCUCAAAGGUUGAGAGAAAGGAGGACUUGAAAACGGGUGGGGAAGGAAGUGUCAUUGGCUUUAAUGAAAUGAUCUGCAGGCUGAGUCCCACUCUGCGGGGGGGAGGGCAGACCAACCCCGCUUCACGCCCUGCAAGUGCCGGGCAGGCGCGGAGGGGGCGCUGGCUCUCGCGUCGGCAUUGCCAGGUGCCCCAGAAUGACCCUGUUUGUACAAUUGAAUACAAUUCACCUACAAAAUUUGACCUUUGGAGAACUAGAAAAAAUGAGGAUUUUGCUAUGGAUUCUGUAAAUGAAAACAGUUUUUAUCUAAACAAAAUAUGGGUUCAAUGUGAGAAUGGCAGUUGUUUAAAAUGGAGGCUGCUAUCAACUGAUGAUGCUGCACAAGUAGAUCACAAUGAGCCAUGGUACUGUUAUAUGAAUACUGAUCCAUGGUUUAAUAAAUGUUCUGUUUCUGAAGAAUGUUUUCCAGAAGAGUCUGAGUUUCAUAAAAAUGGAUUUAAAUACAUUUACUCAGAGCUUUCUAUAGGAAGUCUGGUUCUGGUGAAACUGUGCAAUAGUCCCAGAUGGCCUGGCAUAAUCUGUCCUGAUCCUGUUAAUGGACAGCAUGUAACACAUGAUUUGGAUGGGUAUGUUGACAGUAAUCAUGUAGAAUACCUUGGUGAUCCCCAUUCCAGAGGUUGGGUUGCAGUGAAACAUAUUAGUCGUUAUUCUACUUCAGUUAAGCCAGAGUGCUGCAGGAGACAAAAGAAAUGGUAUAAACGUGCAUUAGAAGAAGCGAACAAACUGCUUGCAUGUUCUUCUUAGCAAAGACUUGGCCAUCUAUCAUCAAAGGGGGGCAAAACAGAUGCCAGUAAUGACACAGAGCUAUCCAAAAGAAGAAAUAAGCAAGUUGGUAAGAGAAGUACCUGUGGAAUUGGACAAAAGAAAAAGAAAAAAAUGUUAAGAUGCUCUCUUGAAACAAUUGGCUCAGAUGACAUCCUCUCAAAAGACAAUCUGGUUGUCUCUCAGACAGAAAUUAUAUUAAAAGAUCUGGAACAAAUUCUCAGACAUGUUGCAGACCCAUCUAUAACGGCUUGUGACUCAUAUGUAGAUGGAAAGGAAAAAGACAUUGGAGAAAAGGUAACUAAAUCCAAUACAGAGAUUACUGAAGGAAGUCCAGCAGAAAGCUACUGCCAAGAGGACUGUGUUGUUAUUGAUGGAAUAGCUUUCAGGGUGGUGGAUUGUAUUGAGAAUAUAACAAAUAAGUUUAAAGAAAUAGAUUCUCUGAUGGCUGAAUUCCAAAAUGUUUAAUUCUGAAACUAACUCACAAACAGAAUAACCAGCCCUAUCAGGAUACUCACAUAUUGUCUAUCCCACUCCGCC